CCCCCUUUUUCCGCAACGGUGAUUCGCCCAAUAGUGACCGGUGUGCAGCUAAAGUCCACCAGCCACUUCGCUCUAUCUAUGAAAGGUGGCAGUGAGAGGCGGACCUGCGGCUGACUUUGUUCCUUGAACCGGUCACUUUGUUGGGUGCAAGCUGCUUGUCAUACCUACAUAUUUAAAUGACACCAACCCAUCGCCACGUCUAGUUCUAGCAAACAUUUCUCACCGAACGGCUAGUCGCACACACGCUACAGGCUUUGUGUGCCAUUCACUUAUCGAUUGCUAUCCAUACUACUACGCGCGACAUAUUCCCCGACUGGCUUUCUCCCGCUUCGCACCACCAUGAGGGUUACACACCUUCUGACCUACCUCGCGCUCACAGCAUCCGCAGUCAAUGCUGUCUCCAUACCUGAAGUAAACCGGGUCGACGAUGCGCUGCCUGCCCCGGCCCUUGUACCUCGUCGGGACGUUCUAUCACCCGAUCAUGCCUUGGAGAAGCGUAAAGGAGGAGGAGGCGGUGGAGGAGGAGGGGGCGGCGGUGGUAGAGGCGGAGGCGGAGGUGGAGGUGGAGGUGGAGGUGGCGGCGGGAGAGGUGGAGGCGGAGGCGGAUCCCCUGCUCGAACGGCUCCUAAUUCCUUCUCGGGCGGUUCGACGAAGUUCGGUUCGGGAGCGGCUCGCAGCUACGGAGGCGGGAGAUAUUACGGAGGAGGUGCCGCAGUACCCUAUUCCGCCGGAUCAAAGACACCGAGAGGACUACUUCCCGCAGCCCUUCUCGGGGUCGGUGCUGCAUUACUCAUCUUCCCUGGACUCUGGCUGUACAGCGUCUAUCCGUACUACUACAACCUCCCCUACCAGUUCUACAACGAGACUGCAAGAUUGAACGAGACCCUGCCUGUUGUGUGCUUGUGCCAGGAGUGGUCGGUCUGCGGCUGCGACGAGAACGACGAUCAGCAGUACCUGCAAUCCUUGAUCGGGAGCGGCGAUUAUAACCAGCUGAACAAGAGCCUCGUCACGGUUUCGACCGUGAACGGAACCAAAUCCAUUGUCAUUAAUGGAACUCUCCCUAACGGCACAACCGCGCCAGGAGGCACAGACGACGCCGCACAAGGAUUGCGAGUAUACUCUGGAUACUGGGUCAUGGCUGUUAUCGCCCUUUGCACCGUUGCUUACCUAUAACGGCUGCAUUUUCUUUGGGAGGUGUUGUUUGUUAUAUUGGAGAGGUACAAUCGUUUUUGAUACGUUCGGAGUUGGGGGUUGCCAUCGGUUGGGCGUUCUCUGGCAUGAUACCACAUUGAGCCGGAGUUUGUAAUGAACAGUUAUGAGUAGAAAUAGAGGAUACAUCCAA